AUGACCUGCGCAUCAGGAUUCGGCGGCCGCGCAUUCAGCUGCGUCUCAGCCUGCGGGCCCCGGCCCGUCCGCCGCUGCAUCACGGCCGCCCCCUACCGCGGCAUCUCCUGCUACCGCGGCCUCACCGGGGGCUUCGGCAGCCGCAGCCUCUGCGGGGACUUCCGCGCCGGCUCCUGCGGCCGCAGCUUCGGCUACCGCUCUGGCGGCGUGUGCGGCCCCAGCCCGCCCUGCAUCACCACCGUGUCGGUCAACGAGAGCUUCCUCACACCCCUCAACCUGGAGAUCGACCCCAACGCGCAGUGAGUGAAGCAUGAGGAGAAGGAGCAGAUCAAGUGUCUCAACAGCAGGUUCGCUGCCUUCAUCGACAAGAUGCGCUUCCUGGAGCAGCAGAACAAGCUGCUGGAGACCAAGCUGCAGUUCUACCAGAACCGCCAGUGCUGCGAGAGCAACCUGCAGCCCCUGUUCCUCGGCUACAUCCAGACGCUGAGGAGGGAGGCCGAGCAUGUGGAGGCCGACAGCGGGAGGCUGGCCUCGGAGCUCAGCCACGUGCAGGGGGUGCUGGAGGGCUACAAGGAGAAGAAGUAUGAAGAGGAAGUGGCACUAAGGGGCACCGCUGAGAAUGAAUUUGUGGCCCCGAAGAAGGAUGUGGACUGCGGCUAUCUGCAAAAGUCGGACCUGGAGGCCAAUGAGGAGGCCCUGACCCAGGCGAUCGACUUCCUGCAGCAGCUGUUUAAAGAGGUGGGAUGGUUAAGGGAAGGGCAGACAGCUCUCAGGAUGGGGUGGCCGAUGCACAAACUGUGGGGCUUAAUGGGAUGGCAUAUCCUGUGUCCCAUGAGCAUCUGUGCUCCCCCCCCCCAGUGCGAGGAGAUCAAGGCUACGGUGACCCAGCAUGAGGAGACCCUGCGCCGCACCAAGGAGGAGAUCAACGAGCUGAACCGCAUGAUCCAGAGGCUGACGGCUGAGGUCGAGAAUGCCAAGUGCCAGAACUCCAAGCUAGAGGCUGCCGUGCCCGAGGCGGAGCAGCAAGGCAAGGUGGCCCUUAAUGAUGCCCGCUGCAAGCUGGUCGGGCUGGAGGAGGCCCUGCAGAAGGCCAAGCGGGACAUGGCCUGCCUGCUCGAGGAGUACCAGGAGGUGAUGAACUCCAAGCUGGGCCUGGACAUCGAGAUCGCCACCUACAGGUGCCUGCUGGAGGGCGAGGAGCAGAGGUUGUUUAAGGGCAUUGGUGCUGUAAAUGUCUCAGUGGCGGCAGCCACCGGGUGCGGUUUGCUUGGCGCCUUCUGCUUCGUAAAUACACCGAUCCGCGAGCCAACCGUCCCUGCCUCCGGGCGGCGGGCCCCUGGGCUUGCGGCAGAAGGGCUUCAGGAACCAGCCGGCCUGACCUGCCCCAAUUGCUACCUUCUCCUCCUGCAGCUCUCUCCCCGCUUGUCUCUUCACUUUCUCCAGGGAGGGCGGGCUCCUCGCCCACAGCUCUGGCAGCUCCCCUUCAUCCCCAAGAGUCUAAAUGACUGGUUUCCCCCAGCCCUGGGCAAAGAGCCAACCCGGCUCUUUGAGUCUGCUCAAAGAGCAGACUCCGGCUGCUCUGGAGGCUUGGACGCCUGUGGCUUCUAA